UCACGCAGACAUUUGGGGAUCCAUCUAAUAUGUCAGUUGAGGAUUUGGAAACACUGGGUCCCCUCCUCUUUUUGAAUGGCAAUGCUACAUCAGCUCUGCCCAAUAAGCCUUGGAUGAAGGACAUUCUCUGUUCCCUGAAGUCGGACCUGUUCCAUGCCCCGGACGCCCUGAGAAAGAAAUGCUUCGAUCUCAUCACCGCCAACAAUAAGAAACCCACUGUGGAGUUGAUUGAAGAACUGCAAAUGGACAACGUCUACUGGACAGCAGCACAGCUGGAAGAGAUGUCAGCCGAGACCUUCCUGGCUGUUUUCGAAGUCCUUGGGGAUGUCUGUGGCUUCAACACAGACCAACUAGCUGUGCUCAGCAAAAAAGCAAAUGAGACCUUGGGCCCAGUGUCCCAGAUGACUGAGAGUGUGGUGAUGCAGUUAGGAUGUAUAAUUCGGGGCUUCUCAGACGCGGACCUGGAGGAGCUUCCCAUCCCACUGGACUCUCUGGAGAACAUUGCCAAGUGUGGCUGGAAAGAGUCACAGAUGAAGUUGGUGUGGAGGGCCGUUGCUAAGUAUAACAACCUGACAGCGCAGCAGCUGGAAGCUGCUGACAUGGUAGAACUGAACCAGUUCAUGUGUGGCCUAGACCCUGACGAGAUCAGUCAGCUCGACAUGGACGCCUUCAGGGAAGCUGUGGGCUCAAUGGAUGAUGUCCAGUUCCCCCCCACGGCUGCACGACGCCUGAAGAGUCUUGCUGUGUCUGCAUUUGGAAAUCCCAACACCUGGCCUGAAGCUGAAGUGUCUGACCUGAGCACCAUCAUUGGUGGGUUGAAUGGAACGGAGUUGGCUUCUUUAGACCUGCCUGUCUUUCCUUUUCUCAGCCACCUGUGCAUCCCAGUGAUAACACCAGACAACUUAGCUCAACUCUCUCCUGAUCAGCUGAAGGCUUUUGAACCUGACACUGCCGCCAAGGUAACUGCUCAACAGCGAAGUGCCCUGGGAAAGAAGCAGCUGGACGCUCUUGAGAGCGCCGAGGCCGGGUCACCUUACCAAACUCAAAGAUCUGACCACUCAGGAGCUCCAUCUCUGAGUGUCGAGGGGAUCUCAGCCUUCACCACGCCCCUUCUGUUUCUUCUGAUGGGCUUCCUGCUGCUGUGAGAACAGAGCGCCACCGUAUCCAACUAUAAAAGUAGCAGACGCUUUCAGCUAACCACACACACACACACGCAGCCACACUAAAUCAUUAUAGGGCAUUUGUGAUGUAUAAUUCUUCUCUUAUUUGUGAUGAAGACGUCUCUCAGACUGUCUGACAUGAUCUGUGUAUGAGCACAGGA